AUGGAGCAGGGCGGCCGCCGCCGAGCCUUCGGCAGUAUCUGCCCCAACACAGUCCAGGGCCCGCCCGCCCGCCCGGCCAAGAAGCCGGCCCGGCCCGGCGGGGACACGGCGUGGACGCCCCCGGCCGCCCUGAGCCCCCGGGCUCCCCCGCCCCGUGCUCGCCGCAGCGGCGCCUCGCCGGCCGCCGCCGCGCCCGCCCUGGAUGUAUCCACCUUAGUGCCACCACCACUGGACUGUACUGACUAUGAUUUCUCACUUGGUGAGGAGGUGGCUUUUGGCCCCUGCACCCCCCAGCUGCAGAGCAGCGUGCUGGUGCAGGUUCCCCCACAGAACCUGUCUUCCCCUGAGCCAUGCUGGAGGGACCUGGCAGACCAGCACCAGAAAGCCCUGGGAGAUGCCCUGGAGGCAAACAGCCAGCUGCAGGAGACCCUCACACAGAGGCAGGAAGAGCUGGUGUCACUGCGGGAGAGCAACGUGCAGCUGAAGGAGCUGGCAAGUCAGGCCAGGCAGCUGGCUGCUGUCCUUGACACACUGAUGCUCCCGCAAAGCGCCGACGGGACAGUCCUUCCUCCUCUUCCUCCUCUUCAUCCUUUGCCUCCUCCGCCCGCCGCCGCCGCUGCCCCGGCCGGGACGGGCCCGGAGGAUGCGGAGGGCGUGGAUGCCAUGCUGCGGGCCGUGUCGGAGAAGUGUCGCGCCGCCCUGCGAAGCCUGGGGGGCGGCGCUGGGGACAGCGCGGGGGGCAGCCCCGGGGGCAGCCCGGGACACAGCCCGGGGGGCAGCCCCGCGGCCAAGCGCCCGCGGCCGGGCCCGCGCCUGCACGGCGCCUUCCGCGGGCUGCGCACCGGCCGCGCCGCGCCGCGCCCCGCCGCGGGGCCGCUGGAGGGGGGCGGCAGCCUGCGGGCUGCGCUCGGCGAGGCGGGCGCCAUCCGCACCCUGGCCUUCCCGCAGGGAAACGCCUUCACUCUGCGCACGGCCGGCGGCGGGCUCCGCUUCCGAUGGGUGCCGCGCUGA